UUUUAAAAAAAACGAAAAAAGGCAAUUAAAUAAUAAAAACGAAAAAAUCCAACAUUAUUUCACAUAAGAAGAAGUAUUUGCCUAUUCUGAGCAUAUAAAUCACUAUUUAAAAGAUGAUGAAGACCUAAAAAGCAUAUUACCAAUAAAUCCUAAUAGUGAGGAGUUAUUCGAAAAGGUAGGAAAUGGCAUUUUAUUAUGUAAAUUAAUAAAUAUUACACAACCAGGUGCAUUAGAUGUGACUAAAAUAAAUACUAAGAACCCUAAUAUAUUUAAGAUAAACGAAAACUUGAACAUGGCAAUUAGUAGUGCUCAAAAAAUAGGAUGUGUAUGUAUUAAUAUUCAUAAUUAGAGUAUUAUGGAGAAAUCCGAACAUAUUAUUUUGGGAUUAUUAUGGUAGAUUGUUAAAAUUUAAUUAUUAGGAAUUACUGAUGUGAAGAAAAAUCCUGAUAUUUUUAAACUAAAAGGAGAAAACGAAGACGAAAAUACGUUUUCUUAAUUGCCAAAAGAAAGCCUGAUUAUAAGAUGGUUUAAUUUUCAUCUUUCUCAUGUGGAACCUGCUAGAAAAAUAGCGAAUUUGGAACAUGAUUUAUAAGAUGGAAUUUAGUAUAUGUAUCUUUUGAAUUAAUUGAAUAGAAAAAAAUGCCCUAUAGUGAUGUUGGAAGAAGAUUAGAAAAAUGAAAGGCUAGCUAAGGUUAUUGAGUAUUCAAAGAAAUUAGGAGUACCGAACUGUAUUAGGUAUUAAGAUAUUCUACAUGCCAAUUAAAAGUCGAAUUUAAUAUUUUGUGCACAUCUAUUGAACGUUUGUUCAGGGUUAAAUGGAGAACAGGAAGAUGGGCAAGACGAAGAAUUGGAAGAUUUGGUUGAGUUUUUAAACAGUUUUGGAGUUAAUUAAGGAUUGGUUAAUGGGGUAGAUGAGAUUAGUGAGGAAAUUAAAAACGGAAAGCUUUUGAAAAAAAUCUAAGAUUUGGAAGAAGAAAAGGAUAAUGAAUAAUAGUAGGAAGGAUAGAAUUAAUAAUAAGAAUUAAAUGAAUAAAAGGUCGGAUAAAAUUAUUAAAAGAAUAAUGAAUAAUAAAAUAUAAAGGAAGCUAUAUAAUUAAUAAAAAAACAAUGUUUAAAAAGACUAAAGAAAUAUGUAAAUGACCCUUAUUUAAAGAAAUUAAAAAAGGAAGGAGAAAGUAUAGAAGAAUUCUAAAAAAUUCCAGAGGAAAAGCUUUUAUUAAGAUGGGUUAAUUAUCAUAUAUAAAAAAGUGAAAAGGAAAAAAAAAUAACUAAUUUUUCGACUGAUUUUGAAAAUGGAAAUGUUUAUUUAAAACUUUUGGAUGAAAUUACUGGAAGAAAGGGAAUUUCGGGAGGUGAGAAUAGGAUAGAAAAUCAAAAAGAAAUCACUUAAAUUAUCCACGAAUAUUUUCCGGUAUUAAAAAGUGUAAUAUGUCCUAUUUAAAUUAGUAAAAAUGAGGAUUUAAAUACUAUUUUUUGCGCAUAAUUAUAUGAGGCAAGUUAAGGGAAUUUAUGGUAAGAAGAAUUAGAUGUUUUUUGAAAUAUAUAAAUUAAUUUUAAAUAGAAAAAGAAAGAAUUACUAAGGAAUAAUUAAUGGAAAAUAAAGAGUAAAUAAUAAACGAAUAUUUAUUAAAUAAAGAAGAACAAUUGUAAGUAAAUGAGGAAAGUAUAAUUUAUAAAAAAGUAGAUUUUAUAUGGGAAAAAGGAAUAAAAAAACAUAUAUAAAUGUAAGUUUAAAAUAUGGAAAUUUUAAUAAAUUGGGUUAAUUUUCAUUAUGGAAGAUAAAAAAUAGAUAAAAUUGAAAAUUUCAAUUAUUUAGAAUUUUCGGGUUUAUUUAAUUAAUUAUUAUAGGAAAAUAAUAAAUAGGAAUUUUUAUAUGAAUCGUAUUAAAAAAUAUUAGAAAAAAUGAAAAUUAAUCAAAUUAUUUAAUUUGAAUAAUUAAUUUAAUAAAAUGAGAUUUUUAAUUUUAUUUUUAUU